GGACAUACAAAACCGGUUACUGCGUUAACGUUUUCAGGAGAUGGACAAUUAAUUGUAUCUUGUUCAUUGGAAGAAGGCACGGUAAGGGUAUGGAAUCUAAAUCCUGGGCUAUUUGGAAUGAUCGCGGGAUCAUUAACAAAUAGUAAUGGAGGAAAUAGUAAUGGAUCAUCAAGAAUAGAUGUUGCUAAAGGAUUUAAAGCACCUUUAUUAAGUUCUAUUAAACCUUUUAAAACAUUCAGUUUUAAUCUUGGUGAAGAUGCAUAUUUAUCCGUUUCUUCAAUAUUAGAAUUUGUUGAGUUUGAAUGGGUAGCUGAUCGAACUGUAAAAUUUUAUGUUAAGGAUUCAAUAAUGUCAUUUAAU